GUUCUGUGUUGACGUCAUGCAGCGUGUCGCAGUCUUUUACCGCGCUUGGCUUGGUCGUUUAACAAACACAGCAACACACAGUCCCGAGAUUAGCAGAACAACCUCCAGAGUGUCCAUCAGUUGGAAGACCAUGGAAGAAGCUCAGCAGCCGAAGCAUGUUCACCUAAACGGCAGCACAACUAAGAAGAGGAAAGACUACCUGGAAUGGCCAGAUUACUUUAUGGCUGUAGCCUUCCUGUCCGCCCAAAGGAGCAAAGACCCAAGCUCACAGGUGGGGGCCUGUAUAGUGAACGAGGAGAAUAAGAUAGUUGGCAUUGGUUACAAUGGCAUGCCCAAUGGCUGUGAUGAUGACCUGCUGCCGUGGUCCCGCUCUGCUGACGACCGGCUUAACACUAAAUACCCUUACGUGUGUCACGCAGAGCUGAAUGCCAUCAUGAACAAGAACAGCGCUGACGUGAAAGGCUGCACCAUGUAUGUGGCUUUGUUCCCCUGCAAUGAGUGUGCCAAGCUCAUCAUCCAGGCUGGAAUAAAGGAAGUGGUCUAUCUUUCUGAUAAGUACCAUGAAUCACCAGAGAUGAUCGCUUCCAGGAGACUGCUCGGUAUGGCAGGCGUACAAUGCAGGCAGUUCAAGCCCAAGAGGACCGAGAUUGUCAUUGAUUUUAAUUCCAUUAACCACCCUGGAAUACUGAACGGCGUGACCAAGUGAAAAUGCAAAAGGCUCACCUUGGGGAGCUGCUGAAUGAGGCGGGAAGUAGAGGGAGACUGACAAGAUUGAAAGGGACUUUGAUGCCUCUUUUCUGUAUGUCUUCUUGCCCCCUGCUUUGUCCAAAGGAAAACUCAAGGAUACCUCGACUUUGGCGUCUUUUGAUAUUUUGAUUAACCGGAUAUUCAAGAUAGUUUAAUUUGACGCUUUCGCUCUUUUGUGGAUGGUUGUGGCAGAAGGUCUUUCAGUGCUGCUUUCACGCUUUUUUUUUUUCUCUUUUAAAACUCCCUUUGGGUUUAGCUGUACACAAGGGCUCUGAACACACUUUCUUGAGUGUUUGAUUUUAAAAUCUUUUGUGUUGUGAAUCAGAUCCUCCAGCUCAUGGCUGUCUGCACAGGGGAGAACCAGAAUCUGUUUAAUUCCUCCUUCAAACAAGGUUCCAGAUUAAUAAAGAGGCACCUUGACAUUUACUGCAUUUGACCUUUCCCAUUCACAGUGAAAGCUGCUCUCAGGAAAUCAGUCUUUAUGCAGUUUGGUUCAUCAAACCUGUCUGCAGAAAGUAGCCACUGUUAAACGUUGCCUGGGUUUUACUUUCAAUUGUAUUUUUUCUAUUGAUGCUCUAAUGGGUAUCAACUGUACUGGCAAGUAAAUUUGGAAACAGUAUUUUAAGAAUGACUCUUGAGUCUUUGGCAGCACACCUAUGACUAAUGCUGCAUUUACAUCCUCCUCAGAUGGUCCCAUUUCCUGAGUUGGGAAGUCGUUCUUCCAACUAUGUUGUGUUCAUGGGCUUUAAGUCGUUAUGUGGAAACAGUAUGGACGCCACAAAGAAGCUUUUUUGCACAUCCCCUAAAACUAUUGAAAUAUUGCUUUACCUGAGUAAUGCUAAUAAAUCAUUUUUCUAACUAAUUUAGGGUGCUCUACAUGAAUAAGGUGACGAUUAUAAUGUAAUACCAUAUUACAAAUUACAGCUGAGCAAAAUAUUGACGUGCAAUAUGUGAAUUUAAAAAAAGACUGAACUGAACUUUUUUUUGUCGGCCAUGUUUCCGCAUACAUGCGUCAACUCGGCAGAUUGACUUUCUUUGUUGUUGCUGUGACUUGAGUUUCUUAUUCCACCAGCUCAUAAAUGCACCUAUGGUAGCUCUGUUUCUUCAAAACUAACGAAAAUAAUUGUUUUGACUGAAUGACAAAAUGACCCCACUUUGCAGAUUAGAAGAACUAAUGGAGCUGCUUGUGAGUGGCACAAUUAUUCCAACAUCAGCUGUCCUCUUAUUGUUACCCACUAUAUAUGUUACUGUAUGUUUUAAAAAAUAUUCCUUGUAGGGAAUAUGGAUCUUAGUUUUAAUGACCAUUUUUCAUUUUUUCCCCAAAAUGUGUCGCAGUCUUUAGUUAGUAACCGAACAGCCCACUCACCCGAAGGAAAUGUUGGCAUUGUACGUUACAUUUGCACGUUGUUAUGUAUCCAUUACGUUUAAACUUGACGGCAAUGGGUCGUUACAAAACACCCACAUUUGGUGCCUAAAAAGCUGCUGGAAACACGGCAAUGACUUGCUAAAUUAGUUGCAUGGUUUUUGUGCCCAAACCUAACCACACGCAUACCCCAGUGUUGAAAUGUAAAGUUUCAACAUAUUCAAUACAUAAUGUGCAAAUUUGAUACAUCUGUGGUUUGCAGAAACGCAUGAUUCCAACAUUUAUUCUAGUGUUUGGGAUGCAUGUUAAGGCUUUUAAAAAUACCUAUCUGUGGCUCAUGAUACUGUGUUUUCAAGACUACCUGUCAUUAAGAUGAGAACAGCUGAUUCUUUUUGUCAUAUUGUCUAAUAUGCUGUACAAGUGUAUGAAAGCUAUAGUCAUUCCUUCAUAAUGACCAGAAAGCACUUGUCAGUUCUGUGACUUCAUACCAUCAUGUCCGCUGUGAGUGCAGCGGAAGUCAAUAAAACUUUUGGGCCACAUCA